UAAACUAAAAUGAAUCGCCAGGCUGCUGUUGCCGUGACAACGACAACACUAAGCACGAACUUUUCGUUAGCAACAGCGAAGGUAUCCGUUUAACUGAAGCCGGUUUUAGUACAUACCUUUAUUAUUUUCAUAGCAAACGCAAUGUUUCCACCAGCCGAGUCUCUCCUGAAAUAUGACAGUCCAGUUUUGAUCAGCAAUAGCACAGACGGAAAAUCGCCAAGGGGGCGCCCUUUGAGAGUGAACCCUCAGCAGCCAACUAAUUCUAACCCUGUUCCACCACCUCCUAAGUCAAGAUCAGCAUCACCUGACGCCACCAGGCAGAAAAAUGAGGCGAUCCUGAACACCAUCCUUCCACCCAGGAAAUGGAUGCAGGAGAACCAACUGUGGAUGCAGAAAGUGUCCACUACACCUACUUCAAGAACAGAUAUUAUGCAUCUAGAGAACCUCCUGAACACAAAGCUGCAUCAAAGGCAGGCCAUGGAAACAGGAAUCUGCCCAAUCCGAAGAGAGCUUUAUUCCCAGUGCUUUGAUGAGCUAAUCAGACAGGUGACCAUCAACUGUGCUGAGAGGGGUCUGAUGCUGUUGCGGGUUAGAGAUGAGAUUCAAAUGACUAUUGCUGCCUACCAGGCACUGUAUGACAGCAGCGUGGCUUUUGGCAUGAGGAAAGCACUGCAGAUUGAGCAGAGCAAGGCUGACCUGGAGAAGAGAAACUCUGAUCUCGAAAAUGAGACAGUAGACCUGAAGAAGCAACUCAACGAACAAAAAGCUAAAUGUGAAGCAAUUGAAGAGAGAGAAAAUGAACAGCGACAUCUGCAAGAAAAGCUGCUGCAAGAGGAGAUUCAGUACCUGAAGAGAGCCAACCAGCAACUCAAGACCCAAAUGGAAGGGCUCAUUGUGCCAAAGUAAUAACUUCAACAAGAGAAAACUGAGCUGCCAUUUCCCAGUACAAACGGUUAUUUUGUCCUUUGUCUUGUUUCUCAAUUAUAUCAGUGUAAUCAGCAAAUAUUUUAUUUUUCUUGAGUGGCCUGACAUGACAAAGUACAGCCUAAGCAACCACUGUACAUUUUUCCUGAAUGUC